UUGACCUGCGCCUUCCGCUACGGCCGCGAGGACCUGGACGUGCUGGGGCUGACCUUCCGCAAGGACCUCUUCGUGGCCAACGCCCAGGCCUUCCCCCCGGUCCCCGAGGAGAAGAAACCCCUGACGCGGCUGCAGGAGCGGCUGAUCAAGAAGCUGGGCGAGCAUGCCUACCCCUUCACCUUCGAGAUCCCCCCCAACCUGCCUUGCUCCGUCACGCUGCAGCCGGGUCCAGAGGACACGGGGAAGGCCUGUGGUGUGGACUACGAGGUCAAAGCUUUCUGUGCGGAGAACCUGGAGGAGAAAAUCCACAAGAGGAACUCGGUGCGCUUGGUGAUCCGUAAGGUCCAGUACGCGCCGGAGCGACCCGGCCCCCAGCCCAUGGCAGAGACCACGCGGCAGUUCCUCAUGUCGGACAAACCGCUGCACCUCGAGGCGUCCCUGGACAAGGAGAUCUACUACCAUGGAGAGCCCAUCAGCGUCAAUGUCCACGUCACCAACAACACCAACAAGACAGUGAAGAAGAUCAAAAUCUCAGUGCGCCAGUACGCCGACAUCUGCCUCUUCAACACCGCCCAGUACAAGUGUCCAGUGGCCGUGGAGGACGCUGAUGACAUGGUGGCCCCGAGCUCGACGUUCUGCAAAGUCUACACCCUGACCCCCUUCCUCGCCAACAACCGGGAGAAGCGGGGGCUGGCGCUGGACGGCAAGCUCAAGCAUGAGGACACCAACCUGGCCUCCAGCACGCUGUUAAGAGAUGGAGCCAACAAGGAGAUCCUGGGCAUUAUCGUCUCCUACAAGGUGAAGGUGAAGCUGGUGGUGUCACGAGGAGGGUGA